AUGCAAAAAUCGGAAGAAACUUGUGAGGUUGUACAAUCUCAAAACGGAAAAGACAAAUUAAAUGUUCAUGGGUAUCUAAUAGUUAAAGAAAAAAAUGUUGGGAAUAAAUAUUAUUGGUGCUGCAAAUUUAGGAAGUCAAAAAAAUAUAAUGGCUAUACAACAACACUUUUAAUUAAAAACUUGCAUUAUCUGCAAGACAUGUCUGAACAUAAACACUUGCCUGAUGCUAGCCAUGUAGAAGUAGUUAAAGCUAUUACUGAAAUUAAAAAACAUACCUCUCAAAGUAAAGAAAAGCCCAUACAACUAAUUCAAAAUUAUAUGGCUACCCUUCCAGAAGAUAUUAAACUCUUUUUGCCAUCACACAAUGCUCUUCGUAAAGCAGUUGUUCAUUUUAGAAAAACUGUACAAUUACUACAAUUACAACAUGCUUUGGACUUUGAUCUUCCACUCACACUUUGUAAUACUUUAAAUGUAGAGCUGAGCAUUUCACAGAUGCAAAACUCCAUGAAAGCCUGGCACAAUAGGUGGAAUACUAUAGUUGGAAAGCCAAAUGUAAGUGUAUAUACGUUGAUAGAGGAAUUACAAAAGGAACAGCAAAAUGUUGAUAAUCAAGUUGUGCGCAUUCUCCAAGGAGAGUUGAGACUCAGGCCAAAUCAAUAUUAUAUUGAAAAGAAGAAAAGAAUCAUGGCUAUAAAAAUUGGCCAGUUAUGA